AUGUAGAGCUUGCAUAAUUAUUUGUAACAAAUCGAGGUCUUUCGAUAAAUAAUUUCAAUUUUAUUUCUAUUGUUUAAUUUGAUGAGCCCUCUAGCAAAUAAAACAUAUUCGAUUAUUUUUUCCACUGAUUCAAUAUUGGUUUCAAAGUUCUACGCUAUAAUUGCGGGUUUAUCGCACUAGAAACUUUGUUAAAAAUCGAUCGAUAAAAUAAUUCUCAAGCAAAAAUGAGUUCCAUCUCGAAUGUUGAGAAUCUCUCCCCGCAGACGAUACGCCAGGUCAUGAAGGAAAUGCGUUCGUUGAUCGACAGUCCGCUAGAGGGCAUCAAAAUUCAAAUAAACGACUCGGACGUAACGGACAUUCAAGCUUUUAUCGAAGGCCCAUCUGGAACACCAUACAGCAGCGGAGCGUUUCGUGUUAAACUUACACUCGGCAAAGACUUUCCACAAACGCCACCGAAAGCAUUUUUCCUGACAAAGAUUUUCCAUCCGAAUGUCGCCUCCAAUGGGGAAAUUUGCGUCAACACACUAAAGAAAGACUGGAAACCAGAUCUGGGCAUUAAACACAUCCUGCUUACCAUCAAAUGCCUUCUCAUUGUUCCCAAUGCCGAAUCAGCCUUGAACGAGGAGGCUGGCAAGAUGUUGCUUGAACGAUACGAUGAUUACUCGCAAAGGGCGAAAAUGAUGACUGAAAUUCAUGCCCAGCCUCCAAAAACAACAGACGCCAAAGACGAUGAUGGCCCUUCAUCUAAAAAACACGCUGUCGACAAAAAACUACAAGAUAAGAAAAAAGAAAAGCUCAUAAAGGAAAAGAAACGCAUUCUCAAGCGAUUAUGAGGCGCACAAAACUAAUUUUACAUAAUUUAAUCGGGCGCAUCCAUUGCCAAUAUAACACAUAACAUACAACAACAACAAAAAAUAUGAUUUAAUGAUCUAAAUAACAAAUUUUAUUUUAUUAAUUAUAAAUAUUUAUUCACUUUCAUAAUCCACACAACCAACGCAAUUCCUAUCACAGUUUAAACCAAACCAAAAAAAAAACUUAAUUAAACAAAAAAUUGCAAAAAUCUACAUAAGAAUAAAAACAAAAAAAAACAAGCACUUUAAAUACGAAUACUAUACUUGAGAGCGAUGCGAUGAAACUCUAGCACACAUCACAUUUUUAAGUUUUAUUAUUCGUGUGCAAACGUGUGCUGGAUUAAAGCAACAUCACUUAAAAAAGCAAAGCAGUUUAUCAUCAUUAACAUCAUCAUCAUCAUUCAAAUCAUAAACUGCAAGUGCUCAAUAUGGGAAAGAAAAUAAGAAAAACAAUCAUUCAAAUCACUCUGUUUCUAUGCCAGGCGCAUUCGGGAAUCAGUAAAGUUCUUGUAUCAUUUGUAUUCAGAUUAAAAGAAAAACAACUUAAGGGGAGAAGAAUAAAAAUCAUGUACAAAUCUACUUUUAGUAUAAACAAAACGACUAUUAAAUAGCAAAUACAACUGGAUAUAAAACAAAAACCUAAAAGAAUAAAACUUAACUAUAGAUCGAGGGUUAUUAAUUUAAAAGAGAAAAAUAAAAGAUAUCAUAAGAAAAAGCACCCUUUCGAGUAAAGAAAUUUAAACAUUCUAGACCAUGCUUCUGCUUUAAUAAUAUCAA